CUGGUUUUGUAGUAACUCCUGGUCUAAGGAAUUUCGCCAUUUCGAAACUCAGAUGAGCCGGUGGAUAGGAUUUACGGUAACCUGAAUACCUUCCAAAUUUCUCACAUUCUGAUUUUUGCCGCCUGUACGGCAAUGGCGGCACUAUCCCUUCCUAAAAUUAGUCUCAGCAAUCGCUCUGCCUACAGCGCUUCUCUUAGUGCUGCUUCAAAUUAUGCGUCACUUUCUACCUCACAACAGCUCAAUCGUUCAUUCCCAACCAGACCUCUCAUUUCGAAGAAGAGCGUCCUUAGAGUCCAAUCCCAGAUUGAGGAUAAUGAAUUGAAGCAAAUGAGGGACAUGGCUGCAGCCAGGAAGAGAUGGGAAGCUCUGAUUAUUGAUGGAAAAGUUAAGGUUCUUACCCCAAGGCAAGCUGGGUAUGCCGUUCAGCUUUCAAACAAGCCCCUUCUUGAUGUUCGUCCCUCAAAUGAACACAACAAGGCCUGGGUGAGAUCUUCAACCUGGAUUCCUGUUUUUGAUGUUGAUGACAAACUAGAUUUUGGAACCAUUCCCAGAAAGGUCACGAAUUUUGUAAUGGGAGGUUGGUGGAGUGGCAUGCCUACACUGUCUUAUCACAGGCAGUUCUUAGCAAAAGUUGAGGAAAAAUUCCCCAAAGAUUCUGAAUUAAUGGUUGCAUGCCAGAAGGGGCUGAGAUCACUUGCUGCUUGUGAAUUAUUGUACAAUGCUGGCUAUGAAAAUCUAUUUUGGGUUCAAGGAGGUUUGGAAGCUGCUGAAGAUGAGGAUUUCAUAGUAGAUGGCUCAGUGCUUCUCAAGUUUGCUGGAAUUGGUGGCGUUUCAGAAUUUCUUGGUUGGACUGAUCAGCAAAGAGCAGCUGCGGCCAAGGAAGGGUGGGGGUAUAGAUUAGUGUUUUCUGCACGCCUGGUUGGAGUCUUUCUUGUUGCAGAUGCAUUGUAUAUUGGUGGUCAGCAGUUUUGGCGUUAUCUUGAGGAGAUCAUGUCACAUUAGAAGUUAUUUUUUAAUUCCAACGUUGAGAUAAUGUUUGCCUUUGUGGCUCCAUGUGUGUAAUCUAACUCGCCAUGUAUGAUAAUAGAUUAAUUCGGAAUGUUGUUUAUAUUGUUUCAGAAACCAGUCUUGUGAUUGUUGACUUGAGCUUGAUAAUCCC